AUGCAAACUACUACUACCACUACUACUGCUCGCUGUACCGACCUCGGUCGGUUCGGUGACCCCCGAGAAGCGGCGAGAAUCGUGAGCGAGGAAGGAAAGAAGGAGCAACAAGUAGGAAACAAAAACAGAGCGGAGCGAACAACGAACGAACUGAAGUUGUGGUGUGAAGCGGCAGAUUUUACCCACGACGAAGUUCGCAGAGGAGCGAGGGGGUUUGCGCCGUUCAAGACGGCAAUCCGCGUCUUGAAAACGCGUUUCAUCACGUUUCGCCUGAUCAUCAUCGAAUACCGUGCCUCGCCGUGGUCCUUGACUCAAACUGAAAACUUGGCUUCGACCGGGCCAUCCACUCUCGUCGUCCUAUACGUGAUAUACCUUCAAAUGGUCGUCAACACAUUCCAGGGUCAAAUGCAGCUGUAA